UAAUUUCUAGCUAGUCAUCCAAUCGGACGUCGACUCUUUCAAGCUCUCUGCCGAACCCCAUCGUUCGGUUCCUUGCGGAAUUUAGGCUGCUGGAUGGGCGUGGCUGCUUUGAUUGCGGUGGCGAGUAGCACUCGAGGUCUGGAUAGAGGCGUAUUAGACUGCAUAGGGACUUUCUUGAGCUGUACAUCAACGAUAGCUGCGUCAGGAUACCCUCCAUUACAGCGAAAUCCGGCAGUCUUGAAACAGAGUCUCGCCGUCACCUUCUGGGUCCACGCGCAUGUCACAGGAGCUCGCGAGGGUCAACGUGGACGACCUGCGCAGGAAGGAGGGAUAGAGAUUCGUCGCCUACCCGACUGAUGGGAGUGCAUCUUGGACGCGCUGGAGUUGGCGGGUGAAAUGACCACUCAAUGAGAGCGCCAGCCUUCUCAGUGGAAAAAUGGAGACGGAGCUAGCUCAAUUGGAUAUUACUUCAUUGCUUGCCACGCCGAUACCACCUGGGUUAUUCACUUACAGGAAGAUAAUAAACGACAUAGUGAAGAUGUAUGCUCAAUCCGCGAGAUCGGCAUUCACCGGAUUGGCGGCUCGCUGCUGUGCGCAGAACCUUGAGACCUCAGGCCUCAGGCCUGAGCACGCGCCACCCGCGCAGACAAAGGCCCACGAUCGCGACCAUUCUGUUCAGCUGUUUGGUAAUCAAUCAGUCUCGUUCGCUUCCACUCGCGAUAGAUUGCAUUCAUUGGCAUUGAAUCGGUGGAGUCCGAGUCCGAAUAGACCAAUAUUCCGACAACUUGUCAAUCUCGAUGAUCUGCCUCUUCGAGAUCCCCAGACUCAGAGGGAGAACAAUAUUUACAAUCUCGAGACUAUUACCGAAUUGUUUUCUACAUUCAUUCCUGAUGACGAUGACAUGGCCCUCGACCCAGAUAUCAUUUUGGACGAUGAUGUUCGUACUCCUACGGUCAACGUGUAUCCUCAAGCAUUCCUGCGAAAGUAUGGUCACAUACAAUGCAACACCAUCUUGCCUCAUUUUUCUCCAUUCAUGUCCAAAAUUCGCAAUUCUGUUUCGCGCUUGAGUCGCAACCAAAAUGAUGAUCCGUUUAAUGGCCAGCCUGCGGAAGAUGAUGCAGACGAGUUCGAUCACUUGCCUAAUGGACCCCUGCCCACUGUACUCUUCGCCAGUGGCUCACAGUUUUACAACGAGAUCUCCCACCGCAUCAGACCGUCCGCUGAUCUUCACGAUGUCCAGCAAGGGCGCAUCACGUCGGCCCUCUCAGGUGCUUACUCUCGCGGUCAUGGCCAGACGACGCACCGCAUUGUGAUGAGGGAAUGCAGCCUCAAUCUCCCUCAUCAACGUUACGACAAUAAAAUUAAAGUCAAUGAUGUUCCUCGGGCUCUGCGUUUGGAGAACGUUUACAUUUUUCAGCUAGACUCCCUGAAGCGCCAUAAGCGCAAUGGAGCAGAGAUGGUGGUACCCUUAGCCAGCUCUUGGUCUCAUCCCACCAUCUUCCAGGCUCUCCGUCCGCAUCUUUUCGUAUUGACUUCAGACGUGCGCUGCUCUUAUUCGUGGGCAUUUCCCCAGAUAUACCAGUGGACUACCUACCCCAUUACGUCCUUGCUUGAGCGCAUUUGGGAUCAUUUCUACCCUCUCGUUCAGAAAGGUGUCAAACCCGCUCCCCAAGUCAUUGAACUCUGUUCAGUGCUUGAGCGCGCUUUGGCUUAUGCUCACACCGGAAAUACUAGGGUAAUCGCUACGAGUCUCAUGAGGCCUUUGUGGUUGGUCCAGAGUCUCCUUGAACAUGGCCUGCCCACUUUUUCUCCCUCCGUGCGCUUCGCCGCAGCUCCAUCUAUUCCUGUUGCCAUCAGCCCUGCAGAUUGGCCAACUCUCACCAGCAUGAAAGUCCCAGCCAUAGCCUCCAAGCGCUCUCAAAUUUUGACAUAUGGCAAUGACCACUUUGAGCUUGUCUCCCAGGCUUACAAGGCCGAGUUUCACAUACAACUUUCUGUGAAUCAACUCUCUUCCAACGCUUUCCUUGGGUACCCUGGCAACCUCCGCCAUGCUAUUGUCAUCGCAUUGGUUGCUCUCCAGGCGUAUAUUGCCGAUGUCAAGACACUUGUUACCAAAGCUGUCAAUGCCGCCUGCAGUGUCGUGGAGGCAGAGGAUGGCGGUGAUGUGGAACGGCAUGCGGCAGUGCGCCGCAAAGGCCUCCGCAAGUGGCUAGCAACCGCUAAUCCUCUCGGCUACGCUGACAAAGGAUAUGAGCAUUUAGUUUCAUGCGUGCAUUCUAAAUCCAUGGAUCACCACGAAGGACUGCCAAAUCCAACCAAAGCGAAGCUCUCUGUUCAUGAUUUUGCCCGGCUUGUCUGCAAUAUGUCGAGAGAGAUCGACCCUGCCCCUGUUGCCGCUCCUCUCAUCUCUGGUGGCUGUUCUAUGCCCGUCUUCCGCGUCGCCCUUGCUCAUAUGCGCAAGUAUGCCCCUAAUGAUUCCCCGACGCAUGCCUGUGUAUCGUGCACAAGAAAGUGA